AUGGAUCCAAAUCAUCAUCAACCCAGCAAUGUCUUUGCUGUGGACGGUUACACCGAGAGAAAAGGAGGUCAUACCAAAGCCCAACAAUGUGAUUUCCCAGUUCCAAUCGCUAUCAUUGGCAUGGCUUGCAGGCUUCCAGGACAUUCUAUGUCACCUCGAGACCUUUGGGAGUUUCUCAAGGACGGCAAGGUAGCAGAUAUCACGCCUCCCGCCAAUCGUUUCAGGCUGCAGGGUCAUCACGAUGGGUCGCAAAAGCCAUACACCAUGAAGACACCUGGCGCCAUGUUUAUGGAGGACGUUGAUCCAGCAGCUUUUGACGCUCAAUUCUUCCAGAUCAAUGCUUCAGAAGCCUCUUCGAUGGACCCUCAGCAGAGAGUACUCAUGGAAGUUGCUUACGAAUGUCUGGAGAACGCCGGGAUCCCCAAGGAACAGAUCGAUGGUACGCGGAUGGGCUGCAUUGUGGGUGCAAGCGCUGUUGAUUAUCAUGAUAUGGAUUGCCGAGACCCGGAAGAUCGAACCGACUCUCCUACCAUGGGAUGCGGUCGCGCCCUCCUAAGCAACCGGAUAAGCCAUUUCCUCAAUGUACACGGGCCAAGCAUCACGGUUGAUACCGCAUGUUCCAGCGGGUUGACAGCCCUGCAACUGGCCUGCCUUUACCUGCGCAGCAGUGAAGCCGACUCCAUGUUGGUUGGGGGCGUGAACAUGUAUUUCAGCCCAGAGAGAAACCAAGAUAUGGGUGCAAUGCGUGAGACAGCGUCUUCGACAGGCUAUUGUCAUUCAUUUGAUACCAACGCAGAUGGAUAUGUAAUAGCAGAAGCAGUGAACUCGGUGUUGCUGAAACGACUCGACGACGCAAUACGCGACGGCGACCCCAUACGAGCCGUCAUAAGAGGUGUUGCAGUCAAUAGUGCAGGCAAGACGGCAGGUAUUGCCAUGCCUAGUCCGAAAGCCCAAGAGUCUGUCAUUCGAGAUGCGUACCGAGUUGCUGGUAUCCCAAAUUCGGACAUUUCAGAGACAGGUUAUGUCGAAUGUCAUGGUACUGGCACACGGGCUGGAGAUCCUGCCGAAAUUGAAGGCCUAGCUGCUGUAUUUCGUACUAUCAAAUCAAGCAGGGACUCCAUCGUGAUCGGGUCUAUCAAAAGCAACAUUGGACAUUCCGAAGCUGCUGCAGGGCUCUCCAGUAUCAUCAAGGCUACUCUCUCUAUUGAGAACGGCUUGAUACCCGGCACGCCUUCUUUUCGUACACCGAACCCUACAAUAGAUUUCGACAGACUCGGCUUCAAGGUAUCUAGGACGGCAAUCCCUUGGCCGAAAACUUCGAAGCUACGUGCAAGCAUCAACUCCUUUGGAUUUGGUGGAGCCAAUGCUCACGCUGUGCUGGAAUCUCCCAAAUACCUUCUUCCAACCUAUCAACCGAAACACAGAUCCUGUUUUCUCACUAACGAGGAUAUCGACGGAGAUUUCUUCCUAGACGAUUGUUGCAUCAUUCCGACCACGCCCAGUGCAAGACCAUAUCUCCUUGUAUUGUCUGCCAAUGAUGAAGAAUCCCUACGAGAUUAUGCUGCUUCUCUUGUAUCUUGCUUGGUAAACCCAGCUGUGCAAGCAUCCACGCUUGAUCUAGCCUACACCAUGUCAGAACGUCGGAGCCUGCUACGACAUCGGGCAUUUGCAGUAAUACGAGACACCUGUGUCAAGAAGGAUACAUUCACUUUCGUGAAACGACUUCCUGAAACCCCAGUACUUGCUUUCACUUUCACUGGCCAAGGCGCACAGUGGCCCACAAUGGGUAAAUCAUUGUUGACAAACCACAAGGAAGCUAGAGAGACAUUGAAGAGGCUUGAUGCUGCCCUCAUGCACCUUCCCCAACCUCCAGACUUCUCGCUAUUUGAAGAGCUUACUCUGGAUCGUGAGCCCUCAGCUCUACGGCGCCCGGAGCUAUCCCAACCUCUAAUCACCGCGCUCCAGGUGGCAUAUGUCAAUGUUCUCUCGGCUUGGGGUAUACGGCCGAGUUUUGUCGUAGGCCAUUCCUCCGGCGAAAUUGCGGCUGCAUACACUGCUGGCUAUCUCUCGGAAGAAACUGCAAUCAAGAUUGCGUACCUCCGUGGUGUAGCGGUUCAGCAAACCAAGGACGAGUCCCAACUUGGUAUGCUUGCGGUAGGACUACCCGCUGAAGUACUUCGAGAGUACAUCAAGUCUGACGACAAUGUACAAAUUGCGUGCCGAAAUAGUGCAAGCAGCACCACUGUCUCGGGCUCACUUCAAGGACUCGAACUUCUGCAAAAGAAGCUACAAAACGCAGGUCAUUUCACUCGACUAUUACAAGUCGACGUCGCUUACCAUUCUGAUUACAUGCUUCCUGCUGCAAGUGUCUACAAAGACUUGAUUUGCAGAGCUGGUAUUGAUCAACCAUGUCAGAUAAACAAUGGUGCAAAUAUUAGAAUGUUCUCUUCGGUCACUGGUGCAGAGAUAGGCGGCCCUCCGGACGUUUCCUACUGGCAGCGGAACUUGGUCGCCGAAGUAAAUUUUGACUCUGCCGUUUGCUCCUUGCUCCAGACUAGGACUGGUCCUAACAUUUUCAUUGAAAUUGGCCCCUCCAACACGCUUUCCGGCCCAAUUCAAGAAUCAUUUCGCACUGUCCAAGACCAGCGAUCCGACCUGAGGUAUACCUCAGUGGCUAAGAGAAACCAAGACAUGGAAUCACUUCUCUACGAACUCCCUGGCAUCAUAAUAGGUACUGGAGGCUCUGUAGAUGUUACUGCAGUGAACGGGUACACGAACCAGAAGGAGGUUCCACAUGUCCUCAUCGACCUCCCCAACUACGCUUGGAACCACUCCGAGAAAUACUGGAAAGAAAGUCUCGCGAGCCAGGACUGGCGCCAGAGGAAAUUUAUUAAGCAUGACUUAUUGGGAAGCAAGAUUCUAGGGACUACAUGGUCCAAUCCAACGUGGCGAAACACGAUCCGCAUCCAAGAUCUUCCUUGGUUGAUGGACCACAAAAUCGGAGAUCAGGUCGUGUUCCCAGCAUCUGGAUACAUCUGCAUGGCUAUCGAGGCCAUGUACCAAGCCAAUACCAUGAGCAUAUGGAAGGGUGUGACACCGGAUAAUUGUGUCUUUCGUUUGAGGGACGCCAAAUUUUCACGGGCUUUAGUGCUGAGUACUUCGGAGAGCACUACGAUAAAUCUGACCCUCGCACCAUUCACCGGCUCCAUGGACUCGUGGUACGAAUUCCGCGUAUCGUCCAUGAAAUCAGAUGUUUGGACCCAUCACGCGUCCGGACUGGUACGAAUUGAAAGCAGCCAAAUGGACUUUGAGAAUCCUACCAGAUUGAUGAUGCCUCUUCAGCAUCCCAUGUCCACAAAGGAAUGGUAUUAUAAUAUGCAAGAGAUUGGCAUGAAUUUUGGGCCAGCGUUCCAGAAACACUUGGCUGUUGAGCACAUCUUAGGCGACUGUACUAGCCGAUCCAUGGUGUCUCUCGUGCCUCCUGGAUCAAAAUGGCAGCAGUCUCGUUACUUGCUGCAUCCGGCUUGUAUGGAUGGCUGCUUUCAAGCUACAAGCUUCGUGCUAGGCCAGGCUCGAUUCCUUACCGGUUCGGCUGCCAUGGUCCCGUUUGCUCUUGACGAGAUGACGUUACCAUUCCCGACACAACAAACUCAAGAAGCUACCGUAUCUGCUCGAUUUGAAUACAAUGGAGUAGGCCGGCAAGACACACCCAAAAGCUACAGCUUAUCUUGCUACGUCGCAGAUCCGGAAACAGGGUCACUGCUGCUUGAACUGAACGGGCUUCGUUUGACAGAGGUUGAUUCAUCCCGAGCACUGUCAUCAUUGCAUACAUUUACAGGAGUGCACUGGGACGCGGACAUCAAUUAUCUAUCAGUGUCCGACUGGAGGAGAUUGGAAAUCGAAACCACAGCAGGACCCAGCAGCCCCUGCCUUGACAGAGCACGGGUUUUCGCACGGAAGCUUGUUCAACUGGCUGCCCACAAGAAGCCUGAUCUGCAGGUCCUUGAGAUAAACCUUGAGUCUCAGGACCCGUCGUCUUUGCUUCUCGAUCAGAACGAUGCAAACGAGACAAAGAACUCCCAACCAGUGAGGCUAUCCCGAUACCAAUACUACUCAAGCGAUGCAAACACAGUUGCAACCAUAGCAGAGAGGCACGGUAGUGACAACCGGACCGAGUACGCGGUGCACAACUUUGAAUCUUCAAGUCUUGCCGAUCAUUCAGGGUUUGAUGUUGCUUUGAUAAGGCUUCUGCCUGGGGAGGCACAUAACCUUCCUACUACCUUGAGGAAUGUGCACUCAAGUCUCGGAAAGGCAUGCUUUGUGCUCAUAGUAGCAGAAGACUCCAUGACCAAGGCUCUGGAGCCGAUUCUUUCCGAAGCUGGGUUUGAUACAAUCGUAUUUCUGGAGAUCGGCGUGUUGUGUAUAUCAGCUGAAGUGCCAUCUCAGGAGGCAGCAAGGGAGGUUACAAUCGUGAAGUUUGACGAGCAGCAAAUUCAUCCUCUCGAACUAGCACUCCGUAACUCGGAGUGUAGUAUACGAUAUCUCACACCCAAGUCUGAUAUCAAGCGGCGAGAUCAUAUUUUGAUACUUGACGAUCCUGAAACAACCGUCAUGACACGUAUCAAUGAUCUACAAUUUGAGAUGCUGCAGAAGCUUGUCAGAUCUGAGUGCAACAUUCUCUGGGUAACCAGAGGUGCCCAGAUGAGAGUGGAUAACCCCGACUCGGCAAUCGCACACGGGCUUCUCAGAGUCAUGCGAAACGAGAAUCCAGGACUGAAUCUGAUAUCACUCGACGUAGAAUCGUUCUGCAAUAGCUCUUCUCUCCGUGCUGUGGAAGUUUGCUUGGGAAUGCUGUACAGGGACUCCUUGGCCCUGGGGCAAGACUCUGAAUUCGUUGAAAGAGGCGGAAUACUUCACAUCGGUCGCAUAUUGCCAGAUUCUCAAGCAAACAGUGCCGUGGAAGAGAAUCAGGUACCCAGCAGACUCUGUACCCUGAAGCUUCAAGAUAAUAGUAGAGUCAUCCAACUCCGUGCGGAACAAAUCGGUAACUUGGACUCUCUACAUUACCAAGAAGUCUCGAGCGAGCCUCCAAACUUGGAGGGUGAUCGUGUUGAGAUCAAGGUCGAGGCAGCCGGAGUUAACUUCAAAGAUGUCGCCAUCACAUUAGGCCUUAUUCCCGAGAACGAGUAUCUGCUUGGCGGAGAAGGUAGUGGUAUCGUCACCAGAGUUGCCCCUGGCGUAACAGACGUCAAGCCAGGUCAGCGUGUGGCCUUCUUCGAGAGGGGCUCAUUUGGCAACACGGCCACAACCAUUACCAAGCUUCUUCAGGUAAUUCCUGACACUAUGAGUUUUGCGGAAGCGGCGACAAUUCCUUGCGCUUUCAUGACGUCAAUGUAUUGUCUCUUCACACUUGGGGAAAUCAAGGCUGGUGACACCGUUUUGAUCCAUUCAGCUACAGGGGGUGUCGGAAUUGCAGCUAUCCAGCUGUGCCAAUAUAUCGGAGCAACCGUAUAUGCCACUGUUGGCUCGCAAGAGAAGCAAGAUUUCUUGCUAUCUACAUUUGGGAUUCCCCGCGAAAGAAUAUUCUCAUCCCGGAACAGGGCUUUCGCAAAACAAAUCUUGGAUCACACCCAAGGACGCGGAGUUGAUAUUAUCCUUAAUUCCCUCACAGGAGACUUGUUGGACGAGUCGUGGCGCAUCAUAGCGGAAGGCGGCACGAUGGUGGAGAUUGGCAAGAAGGAUAUUCUCAACCAGGGUUUAUUAUCAAUGAGUCCAUUCAAACGUAACGCAACGUUUCGUUCAUUUGACCUUUCGCACAAGGAAAUGGACGAUGAUAGGAAAGGACGCCUUCUCUCCGAAGUCUUUCGACUGCUGCGCCAGGGUAGCCUGAAACCGAUCUCUCCGAUACAUCAAUUCUCCUUUACCGAGAUACCCGCAGCUCUACGACAUAUCGGUAGUGGCAAGCACAUUGGAAAGCUUGUUAUUACCGACAACGACAACAACUCUGAAGUCAGUGUCCCUGUGCGGCUCCCCCGAGCGUCGAUCAAACUGAGGGGAGAUGCCGCCUACCUUGUCGUUGGAGGCCUUCGAGGUUUAUGCGGCACUAUCGCCUUGUCCCUCGCGAUGAACGGAGCUACACAGCUGGUCGUCAUGUCUAGAAGCAGGCAGGACGAUCCGGUAUCGCAAAAGGUCAAGAACGACCUGCAGGGAUGUGGUUGUACUGUCACUUUUAUCCAAGGCGAUGUGACUAUACUUGAGGACGUCAGACGUGCAUUCGAGAUAACCAAUUCACCCAUUCGUGGUGUGAUACAAGGUGCAAUGGUUCUUCGGGACCGAAUAUUUGACUCCAUGAAGGUACAUGAAUUCUACGAAGCAUUGAAUUGCAAAGUCAGAGGAACCUGGAACAUUCAUAAUGUCUCACUCGAACAACCGUCAAGUCUAGACUUUUUUACACUGCUCUCAAGUGUAUCUGGGAUCUGCGGUAACAAGGGGCAAGCCAACUACGCGUCUGCUAAUACCUUCUUGGAUGCAUUUGCAGCAUAUCGCCAAAGACUUGGCUUGAAUGCUUGCUCUAUCUCUCUAGGCGUCAUCAAUCAUAGAGGAUAUCUGGCCGAGCAUCAGACGGUACGGGACAGCUUUGAUUCAGCAAUAUGGCAUGGGAUUGGUGAGAAGCUUCUGGGACAGAUUCUCGAAUCGUCCAUCCAGAGACAGGAGUACAGCCCCGAGAACGUACUUGGUGCGGCUCAUAUAAUCACAGGCAUACAAUUCCCCCAACCAAAGGAAUCUCACCUGUUGUAUGAUGCAAGAUUCAGUGGACUUUUGUCACGCGAGAGCAGUGUAGGGAAGCAACAGCCAACAGAUGGCUCACAGGAUGUACGCGCCUUGCUCCUCGCUCUACGGUCCAAGGCGGAUGCGAAGACUGUUUCUGCUCUGGUCAUGGCAGUUUGCGAGCGAUAUCUUGUCAAAAGUCUGCGACUGUCUGGUGCUCUCGAUCCAACGCGGCCACUUUCAGACUACGGUGUCGAUUCUUUGGUGACUGUAGAGUUUCGUGGGUAUUUGAGAGUGCAUUUGGGUGUUGAGCUGUCGACUCUCGAGGUACUCAAUGCAUCCUCUCUAGUCUCGAUUUGCAAGACAGUUCUUGAACGGAUUGAGCAUUAG